AUGGCUUCCGACUCGGGGCUGGUCAAUCCGCUCUUCCAUCCUUUCAUCUUUCUCUAUCAGAUCCUCCAAUGGCUUACGGAUAAGCUGCUAUCGCCGAAACCUCCCGGUCAGAACACGAGACAGGGUCGUCCCAAGAUUGCCGUCAUCGGUGCUGGAAUCACAGGUGUUACGGCGGCGGCUCAUUGUAUCGGUCAUGGCUUUGAGGUCGUCAUCUUCGAAGCUGGUUCCAAGGAUCAAGUGGGAGGUAUCUGGAGUAGAGUCAAUGAGACUUCUGGUCUGCAAAUUCAUUCGUUAAUGUACCGCUUCCAUCCCUCCGUCCAAUGGAACCGGGGCUAUCCCGACCGCCAGCAAAUCCUCAGCCAGGUCCGACAGCUCUGGGAGCGCUACGGCCUCAAGGAGAGAACCCGAUUCAAUACCAAGAUUGAACAGGUUUACCAGGACGAUCACGGCAGGUGGAUUGUCAAUGACCCCUCUCUUGGGCGCUUUGGGGGCGUCAUCACAGCUGUUGGAACUUGUGGUGAUCCCAAGAUGCCCAAGAUUACUGGCAUGGACGACUUUUACGGGCCAAUCUAUCACUCGAGCGAAUUGACUGGGAAAGACGUCAAGGACAAGAAGAUUGCCAUCAUUGGCGGUGGCGCCUCGGCUGUCGAAGCCCUCGAGUUCGCCUUUGCCGAAGAAGCCGCCAAGGUCAGCAUCCUCUCCCGCUCCGACAAGUGGAUUAUCCCACGAAACAUGGUCGUCGACACUCUUUUGAGCUUCAACAUUUUUGGCCAAGAGACGUUCCUAUCCUUCAUCCCCGAGUUCUUCCUCCGCAAGUUCUUCUAUCGAGAUCUCGAGGAGAUUGCACCUGCCAAGGGCAAUGGGCUGUUUAUGGAUACGCCUAUGGUUAACUCGGAUAUUAUGGAUAAGCUCCGUGAGGGCAAGGCUGAUUGGAUCCGUUGCGAUAUCGAAGAGCUUGUCGAUCGUGGAAUCAUGGUCAACAGACGUGCCAGGGGCGUUCCCAAGGGUGGUCCUGGUCAUCAAGAGCUCGUCGAAGCGGACAUCAUCGUCAUGGCCACCGGUUUCAAGCGUCCUUCUCUUUCUUUCCUCCCCGAUGAUUGCUUCGAGGAACCAUACGGUCCACCAAACUGGUAUCUACAGACCUUCCCACCCACACACCCUUCCAUCUCAGCCAUCAACUGCACAUACCUCAACGCCAUCGGCACAGUGGGCAACUGGCACAUCGGCAUCUACACCCGCAUCCUCCUCAUGUUCAUCAUGGAUCCCUUUGCCCGACCCAGUCCGUUCUGGAUGAAGCGCUGGAUCGACAUGACCAAGGCCCUGAAGAUCAGCAGCCCGACCGGCGCUUUCGACUUUUUCACUUAUCUGGAGCUUGUCUGGUGGUUUGUCUUCUGCGUGGCUAUUAACCCGUUCCGGUGGAAGUGGGCAAUCUUUGUCUUCUUGGGCGUUGGGUUUGGGCUUCCCAAGGCUGUUGUUGACAGGGAGGAGAGGUUUACCAACGGUAAUGGAUACCAAGCACGAGACGAAGGAACAAGUUUCUGA